AUGCGUCUAGAAGCAGAGCCUUAUGACUUGCAAUGUAGAGUCGGAUACAAACAAAAAAUGAUUGAUUCGACUACGGCUUGUAUCAAGCAUGAGGAGAUAAAUCAAAUGCACAACAUUUGUUAG